UAGUUCCUAAGCUUGAAUUUGCUCUAAAGGAAUUUAUUUUAACUUACCAAAAUAAAGCUAUUUUAAGUGAAGCUAUUUUAGUUAAAAAAGCAAAGCAAUUAGCUAAAGGUUUAGAAAUUUUAGAUGUAACAUUAAAAUUCUUUGCUGAGUGGUUAUAUAAAUUUAAAGAGCAUAAUGGAAUUUGUCAACAAAAACUUCAUGAAGAAGCAUUAUCAGCUGAUAUAACAGCUAUUGCUAAUGCUUUACUAUUAUUAAAAAAUUGGCUUCAAGAUUUUAAUAAAGAAAUAGCUAAAAAAUAUAAAAAUAAAAAGGUUUUGUUGCUUCUUGAUAAUUGCAAAAGCCAUAAAAUAGAUGAUUUAACUCUUUUAAAUGUUGAUUUUCAUUUUUUAUCUUCAAAUACUAUAUCUAAAAUCCAACUAAUAGAUGUUCAAGAAGAAAAAGAUAUAAAAGUUUUAAAAAUAAAUAUGUUACAGGAUGAAAUAACCUCAGAAACUAUCCAAAACUGUUGGAAUCAUACUAAUAUUCUUUUUAACAUUUCUGAUACUGAAUUAUCUGUUAAUAACAAUACUCUGAUCUUGAGAGAGCUUGCCCAAGAUAUUACAGCUCUUAACUUACCUAAUAUGAUAUCAGCUAAGGAUGAUAAAAAUGUUGAUGAUAGUAUUGAACCUUUAAUUAUAAGUGCUAGUGAUACAUCCAAAGGUUUAGAAAUUGUUUUUUCUUUUUUACAGCAGCAGGAAGACUCAAAAGAGUUAUUAAAAAAUAUUAAUAUUCUUGAUUGA